AUGGUUCGAAACUUGAAGCCCGGUCUGACGGAGCCGGGCUUCAGCUGCGAGAUCUCAACUACCAUUACCCCCAAGACAACCGGCCCACACACAUUAGCCGCCCGCGUUACGGGGAGUUUCUCUUUAUUUGUGGAGAGCAAAGCUGUUCUUUCGGUCCCAAAACAACAUGAAGUGACAAUGGAAGAUUUUCUUUUCGAGCCCGCUCGCCUGGAACACCGCACUUCCGUUUUCAUGGAGGCUGGAAAGCCUUACUUGGUGCGGCUUCUGAGUCGGGCUCGUAUCCCGAGAGAAAAUGACUAUGAACCCACUCCUCACGGUGCAACGCUGUGCUAUGAGGAAUUCAGUGAUGAGCGCGCUGCGAUAGCCGAAGCCGUCCAGGCUGCAUUUUCAGCAGAUGUGAGCAUCAUAUUUGCUGGUCGAAAUCAACAAUACGAAUCUGAGGGCUUCGACCUUGAGUCCAUGAGUAUAUCCGAACCCCAGGUAAGGCUCAUCAGAGCUGUCACAGCAGUUUCCAAGAAGACCGUUUUAGUCCUUAACUGCGGCAAUCCGAUCGACGUAUCGCCAUUUGUGAAUGAAGUCGACGCGAUUCUCAAUGCUCACUUCCCCGGCCAGGAGGGCGGACAGGCAAUCGCGAAUAUUCUGACUGGGAAAACCACCCCGAGCGGCCGCUUGGCGACCACCUGGCCUAAGAAAUUCGAUGAAGAGCACGUCCCCACUUACCACAACUUCCCAGCGCGACUUACAGAGCGUGGGUAUGAAAUCAAAUAUGAGGAAGGCCUUCAAAUCGGAUACAGACAUCCUCAGUCCCAGCGCACUGCGCAGUGGCAAUUCGGCCACGGGUUGUCUUACACUACCUUCGAAUACUCGGGACUCACCGUCAGUGGCCAGAAGAUGACGGAGGAGGCCGGCGAUUCUGACCUGAAAAUCUCGGUCAGGGUCAAGAACACUGGUAUCUACCCCGGCCAUGAGGUUGUCCAGCUCUAUAUAUCUCCUCCAGACAGCACGAAGGUGUGGCGUCCUGCUCGCGAGCUGAAGGGUUAUGCGAAAGUAUGGAUACUUCCCGGGGAGUCAGAAACAGUGACGAUCUCCCUGAAUAAGAAACAUGCAUUCAGCUACUGGGAUGAGGAUGCCAAACAAUGGCGGCUGGAGCCUGGAACAUAUCGCCUUCUUGUAGGACCGUUUUCGACCCCCUUUGAGAUUGAGCACAGUUUAGUGUGGUCUGGACGGUAG